AAAAUUUUGUACGAACAUUAAAGAGUGCUAUAGCAUCAAUGAGUCCUCAAAAUCUUGAUGAGCUAGAGAGAUGUGUGGAUAACUUCUUACUUCAAUAUCGCAAUGCGGAGCAUACAAGUACUCAUGAAAGUCCUGCAAAACUAUUCAAAUCUCGAAUUCUCAGAAAGCAUCUGAUGUCCACGACUUCUGAUGUACAUUAUUACAGAGGGAAUGAUUAUAGACCUUCUAUUGGUAUCAUACUACAAAGAAUGGGAAAUCGAAUGGUGAAGAUAUUAGACAUCGAAGAUAAUUCAGUUCAUAACAGACACUUGGAUCAAGUGAGAAUAAAUGAGGUAGGUCGUUCCGAUUAUGAUUAUAAUGACUCCGCUACUAAUCCUGACUUUGUAGAUAAUUCAGAAAUAAGUCUAGAUGAUACUGAUGGAAAUGAUAUCACAGAAUCAGUUAGAAGAUCGCAGAGACUGGCAAGCAAACCGCGAUAUCAUUAUAAAUACGCAAGGAGACAUUCAACGUGUGGCGGAUGUGGUGAUUGACUAUUUCUAUCUUUGUAUUGUUUAAAUACUUACUGUUGAUUGUUAAUAUUUCAUAUAUGAAUUGCAUUAUAAUUCCGCUAAAUACAAAUUCCUGAAUUC